AUGGUUUCAAAUGUUGAGGGUACAAGAAAGCGUUCAAGUUGGACAAAGGUUGAAGACGAGGUCUUAGCGAGAAGUUUUGUCACUAUCAACAAUAAUCCAAUAAUCGACAAUGAUCAAAAGAUGGAUGAUUUUUGGAGAUGUGUUGCAAGCUACUACAAUGAGAAUCAUCCUCUAGGUUCAAACACCAAAAAUGCAAAUGUUAUACAGUCACAUUGGCAUAAUACAAUCCAAAAGAAAGUAUAUCGAUUCAACGUAAAUUAUAAUAGUGUUUACAGUUCAUAUCGAAGUGGUCAUAGUGAUGAAGAUAUAUUGAGGUUUGCGUACGAAAAAUAUCAAUAUGAAAAUAAUGGCAUUGCAUUCAAUCUCGAACAUGUGUGGAGAAUUGUCAAAGACCAUCCAAUGUUUACUUCACAGUCCGCUGAUCACUUUGUGGCCACAAAAAAGAAGGGGACCUCAGAGUCGGGAGCAAGCAAUACCUCCUCCAACCAAGAUGUGAGUAUAGACCUGGAUGAUGAAGAUACUUGUCCAAUGAGACGGAAGGCAGUAAAAAGAAAGAGAAAAGACAGUAAAUUGACCAUGGAGGAUCUGACAGUAAACUACAAUAAUAUUUUCACAAAGUUCACUGAGUACACAAGCGUGAAGAAGUUCGAAGACGAUCUGAAACAAAAACAACUCGAAGUAGAGGAGAUUAAGGUAAAAGCUGCCUUGUCCAAAUUUGAAGCUAAGAAUCAUCGCUUGAAGUUGAAUAUUGAACAAAGAUACCUCGCAGAUGACAAAGAAAUAGCUUAUCAUACAUGA